UAGUUCAAAACCGCAGCGCACAGAGUCGAACGGGAUUGCCCGUCUGCGCAGACGCAGAUCUUCACAGUCGCCACCGCUUCGCCUUCUGGGAUGUGAAGUCCUGCAAACAGAAGGGCCGCAGCCCUAAGACUUGUGGGAACUGGGGUCCGCGGGUCCCAUGGCAACACGCAAGCGCAGUGCGGACCUCGGGAGGUGUGAGGACUCUGGGCUCAUUGUGUACUGACUGCGAUGUGGUGGCUGCGGUCUCUCGCCGGCGGCAGAGGCUCCUUGAAGGGCAACCUAGCGGUGACCAGGCACGGUGCCAGAGCCGCGAAGAGGGGCGUUGGUGGGGUGGUCAGGUCUGGGAAGAAGGCUGAGGGAAUGCUCAAGAGGUCCGGCUCGUGAUCCGUGCCGGGCGACCCUGGUCUGAUGCCCCAAACUUGGCAGCCUGUCUGUCUGAGCUUUUAUUCUACAUGGAAGAGAGCGGCCGACAGGCUAGGGCAUCUUGGGUGUAUGGUCCGAGUCUAAGUCGUGUGGAGCGCACGGGCGAGAGCCUCCCCCGGCGCGUGGCAGAUCGUGAGCCCGUGACAGGGUUUGCCGAGGCGGAGCGGGAGCCGCAGUGCAGCCCUGCAGCGCCUCCCCGGGGACCGAGCGCGAGGCAGGGCACACAAGCUCGCUGUUUCAGGCCUCGCCUUUGACUCGGGGUCACCCAGAUAGAGGCUGAGGCAGCCGAAGAACGUGGCCUGAGAGACUUCGACCAUGAGGAUCUAGCCGACUUGGAGCGCGUCUUUUCAGGAAAAAGAAAUCGAUCAGCUCUUUUCUGCUCCUCUCUGCACAGCAGUCCCAGAGGAGACUGUUCCUUACGCACAGCUUUAGGAGAAAUGCCAGAGAGUGUGCCGAAGCUUCUAGCCUGAGGAAUCACACGUUUGCAAAGCACCCCACUGACUUCAGUACUUUGCAUCAGAAAAGAGAGAAUGGCGCUGAGCCACCUGCCAACCUUCGCCCAGUUUCAGGACUUGGUGACCUUCCGGGAUGUGGCUGUGCUCUUUACCCAGGAAGAGUGGGGACGACUGAACCCUCCGCAGAGGGCCCUGUACAGGGAUGUGAUGCUGGAAAACUACAGCAAUGUCGUCUCACUGGGCCUCUUAGGACCCAAAUGCAGUAUGUUUUCUCAGCUGGGAAAGGAAGAAGAAUGGGUGCCGGAGGUGGCCGCAGGAAGCUCCUGUCUUGACUGGAUGACCGUGACUGUGAGUAAGGCCUCUGCUCUGCAGACAGACCUUCCCAAAGAGCAGCUGGAUCCACAGACAGUUAAGAAAUGGCUGACCACAGGCAGUCCCUGGAAAUGUGCCAGCCUGUUGCAGUGUGCGCACCAAGAAAGUCAGAAGAUGAACUGGCAGCCAGUGGCCUCUGCCCAUCAGGACACCUCACCAAGAGUCGGGCAGCAGCAGGGCCAUGAGUCUGGGAAGGGCUGCCCAAAGAGCUCCUCGCGCGUUCAGAGCCGGGACUUGCAGCCAAGCAGAAAAAGCUUUGAAUGUAAUGAGUGCAGGAAAGUCUUCUCCAAGAGUUCCACGCUUAGCAAGCAUCAGAAAACCCAUGCUGAAAAACUUACCAUAAGCCAGAAAGCAUACAUGAAAGAGAAACGGUACGAGUGCUGGGAGUGUGGGAAAGCCUUCCACCAGAGCACACACCUCAUCCAUCACCAAAGGAUUCACACGGGGGAGAAGCCGUAUGAAUGUAAGGAAUGUGGCAAGGCCUUCUCAGUGAGCUCCUCGCUGACCUACCAUCAGAAAAUCCAUACUGGAGAGAAGCCUUUUGAAUGCAACUUGUGUGGGAAAGCCUUCAUCCGGAACAUACAUCUUUCCCACCACCAUAGAAUACAUACUGGAGAGAAACCUUUCAAAUGUAACAUUUGUGAAAAAGCCUUUGUGUGCAGGGCACAUCUUACCAAACACCAGAAUAUUCAUAGUGGCGAGAAACCCUAUAAAUGUGGUGAAUGUGGGAAAGCUUUCAACCAGAGUACAAGUUUUCUUCAGCAUCAGAGAAUCCACACUGGAGAGAAACCCUUUGAAUGCAAUGAAUGUGGAAAGGCCUUCAGGGUGAACUCUUCCCUCACUGAACAUCAAAGAAUUCACACUGGAGAGAAACCUUAUAAAUGUAGUGAAUGUGGAAAAGCCUUCAGGGAUAACUCAUCCUUUGCACGCCAUCGGAAAAUUCACACUGGAGAGAAACCCUACAGAUGUGGCUUGUGUGAGAAAGCCUUCAGGGACCAAUCAGCCCUGGCCCAACACCAGAGAAUUCACACUGGGGAAAAACCUUACAUGUGUAACAUGUGCGAGAAGGCCUUCAGUGAUCACUCUGCCCUCACCCAGCAUAAGAGAAUCCACACAAGAGAAAAGCCCUACAAAUGUAAAAUCUGUGGGAAAGCCUUUAUCCGAAGCACGCAUCUUACCCAACAUCAGAGAAUUCACACAGGAGAGAAACCCUAUAAAUGUAAUAAGUGUGGGAAAGCUUUUAAUCAGACAGCAAACCUCAUUCAGCAUCAGAGACAUCAUAUUGGGGAAAAGUGAUACGUGACUGCAGUUUGUAGGGAAGAGCUUCGAUUGAGUAAAUUAGUUACUGAAUACGAGAGAACCCAUUCUAAAGUAUACCUAUGAUGCUCAUCAUAUUGACUAAGGCAGGAUUCACCACAUCAUAGUUUUUGCUGAGAAUGGCAAACACAUUUAGUUCUGCCUGGUUGAACAGCAGUACUUUUUUGUAGUCUGAAUUACCAAGUCGCAGAACCAAAAUGGAACUUCAUUAAUGAUACAAAAAAUGGUUUAUAGAAUCUGUAAUUGUUAAGAGAAUCAUAAAAUUAUGAAAAUUAAGGUUUAGAAGCCAAGGAACAAGAGAGUAAAAAGUGGUCUGUACACAUCC